AUGGCGUCACCAGCCGUACAUCCAUCGGUCGACGGUCUUCUCGCCACCGAAAACGAGAGUCAUCGGUAUGCCAAGACACCGCACUUGUGGGCCCUCGGUGUCGGUACUGUCAUCGGCGGUGAAUUCUACGGAUGGCAGUCGUCGCUGAUCGCGGGCUUCAACGGACUCCUCGUCAUUCUGGCGUUCGUGACGGUGCUCUACACGCUGCUCACCUUCUCCAUAGCCGAGAUGUCGGCCUCGAUCCCGUCGGGUGGUGGCCCCAUUUUCCUGUACCUGGACGCACUGUUCGGUCUAGACACCAACUACGGCCCGCUAUGGUGGAUCGGCUUCAACGUCAUCUUCAUCUCGCUCAACAUCAUGGGGGUCGAGGCCACGUUUCGAGUGCAAGUUUUCGCUACGAUGCUGUCCACCGCGAUGCUCGCGAUCUUUUACUGCGGCUCCUUCAGUCAAUUGGACUACACGACGUGGGUCGUGGACCAGAAUUGGGAGUGGACGACAUGGAGCGACUCGAUCCAAGGCCUUUCGUUUGCGUUGUGGUUCUACUUCGGUAUUGAGGAGAUGCCCCUCGCUGUGGAUGAGACUAUUGAGCCCGAAAAGAACAUGCCGCGCGGAAUUAUUUGGUCCAUGGUGACGCUCGUGAUCUUGGCUGUUCUCACAAUGGUAUGCCAGUGCCUGAUCUACCCGGGAGCUGCCGCCAUGUAUGAAACCACAGCUCCGUUGGUGACGGGGUACAAGAGCGUGUUCGGCGACAACAGCACCACCGCCGGGUUCAUGUGGCUCACCGUGAUCGGUAUCAUCUCCAGUACGCACUCCUUUGUGUACUGCAUGAGCCGCUUGCUGUACGCCAUCGCGUCGGACGGAUACUUGCCGCAGUUCCUCACGAAAGUGCACCCCACCCGUGGAUCCGCGUACGCUGCGCUGAUCACUGGAGGUGUCGUGAACCAGAUCCUCGCCAUCAGCCUGUUCUACAUCGUCGAAAUUGUGGACUUGGGGAGUGUGCUCAUCAACCUCGCGCUGCUCGGAGCGCUGAUCUCGUACUCGUUCCAGUUGGUGUCGUUCAUUAUGCUGCGCAUCAACCAACCGGAUGUCCGCGGCCAAACCGCAGCCCCUUCGGUAUUGCUGGUGCUGUGCGGCACGUCGAGCAACAACUUUCUCAGCGCCGUCAUCACUGCCGUCAUCUUGUUCGCCGUUGGCACGGGCCACUACUACAAGUCGGUUCUCCCGCGCCUGAACAGCGAGAGGUUCAACCAAAUCUCGCCCAGGCCGUCCAAGAGUCUGCGGCAGAACCUCAUGAGCAUCCGGAGCAACGUGUAA